CAAUACCACAGACCCAUGUCUGGCAUCCAUUCAAACUCUUCCCAUCAAAGCCAAGCACACCCGACACCUCUCUCCCUCUCAGACUGUCAGUCAUACACACUUAUCAAAACAACACCCUCUUUUUUCUCUUUUUUCCCUUCAAGCCCGUGAGGCCACAAAGCUCUAAUCUUAAAUGCAUUCCUCUCUUUUUAUCUUUUGCUUUCACACAACAAAAAACACACGCUGUUGAUCAUAUGGAUACCUCCUCCAUGCUUGUAGUCUUCUUCGUUUCUUUCCUCACUCUACUCUUCCAACUCUCUCUUUGCACAACAGUGGUAGUUGAUGGAGUUUCUGAAUGGAAAAACCCUAUUGUUCAUGUUGGAGAUUCUAUCAUUUUCAGACAUAGGAAUCAUUAUAAUCUCUAUGUUUUCCAGAACAGAGAAGCCUUCAAUCUCUGUAACUUCACUCAAGCCACACUCCUCACCAAACCCAACUCCACCUCUUACACGUGGCACCCAUCACGGACUGGCUUCUUCUACUUCUCCUUCAACAAUGGCUCUCUCGAAGCAUGCCAACAAGCUCAAAAGCUCGCCAUAAAGGUGCAGGCCUCUGCAAAGCCGCGGGACAACUGGGCUACUUCGCCGGCGCUACCUCCAAGGGCGGCUCCUGCGCCGACUUCCGGAGGCACGCCAACGUCAUCUCCGGUGUAUCCAUGGCCAUUCCGCCCUCAUGAGGCGGCUCCACCAAGUGCAGAACCCAGUGCGAGUCCUCCAGCGACGGUGCUUCCGGACAAAGGCGCCGGCAUACCGUUUAUCAAUAGUAAUCCGGCGGUUCCUCUGCCGACCGGCGAAGUGGACUCUGCUACCAUACGCCCUGUGCCCACUUCUGGCCAUGGAGGGUCGGUGCAGGUGAAAGUGGUGCAAUUUGCAGCUCAAAUGAGUGUGGUAUGUGUGGUUUUGGUGAUGCUGUAAAAAAGUAGUACAGAGAGAGAGAGAGAGAGAGAGAGAGAGAGAGAGAGAGAGAGAUGCAGUGUAUGUAAAAAGAAAAGGUGUGUAGGAGAGUGUGCAGCAGGAACAAUGGGGUUUGAAUCUUGAAUCUAAAGUAGCUUUUAGGGUUUUGAUAAUUACAUGUAAUGCUGUCCUUGGCCCUACUUCUCAAUCA